UUAAUUAAUGAAUUCCUUUUAUGUACAAAUAACUAGAAUCGAAAUUUUUAUAUAAAAUGCUAAUUUUUUUUUCGUUUUUAUAGAUUUUACUAGGACGAGGUUUAGUUUCCGGCCAAGAUGACGACGAAGUUAACAGCAAACUAGCGGAUAUGGACGUCAUUUGUAGUAAAUCUUUCAUGACGGUUCGUAUGAUCUUCUCGUCGCCCUUCAACGGUCUCAUAUACUCUCGCGGAAAAUUCGACGAAAAAAAUUGUAUGUACGUAAAUCCUAAUUCGGCCAUUACAAGUACCUCGUUUGAUAUCUAUUACGAUCUCUGCGGUACGGUUAAUGACAUUAACGGCCGAUAUUACGAAAAUACAAUUAUCAUACAACACGGUCCUGACAUUUUGGGCCCUAACGAUCAAACUAAAAGGAUCAGGUGUGAAUGGCACGACGUUUACCAAACGUCCAUUACGGAACCCGGAGUGCGUGUUUCCGAUCCGGAGCCCGUUGUUAUGAAUUUUCACGGGGACAAUAUCGAUUGCUGGAUGGAAAUCUUAGAAGGGAAAAGCCCUUGGUCGAGAAAACUAAAUGGCAUCGUAACGUUGGGUAGCCCCAUGACUUUGGUCGUGGCCAUGAGAGAUAAAAGCAAUCAGUUCGAUAUGAGAGUGAAAACGUGUUAUGCUCACGACGGUCACAAGAAACCAAUUUAUCUGACCGACGAAUUCGGAUGCGUUCAGAGAACGUCACUGAUGAGUCAAUUCAAAAAAGUUAAAGACGUCACGGGAAGAGCUACAGUCAUGUGUUACUCCCAUUUCAACGCAUUUAAAUUUCCGGAUUCCAUAGACGUUUAUAUGCAAUGCACGGUGGAAAUAUGUAGAUUCGGAUGUCCAAAUAGCUGCGGCGACGAGGACGACGAUGAUUUUCCUAAUUACGAAGAUCUACGCGAACCACCGAAAACCCACAAUUUACGCGAUCACAAAAUAAAUAACUUCGACAUAAAAAUAAGAGAUAUACUCGAGAAGAAAUUAAGGGAUAUUUACGUUCAAAGAUUAAAACGGCUAAAAGAUAAACGCUUGAGAGAUCUGCGAAACAAACGUUUGAAAGACCUUCGAGAUAAGACAAAAAAUCACGACAUAAAAUUUAAGGAUCUGGACGAGGAUCUGUUGAAAGGUCUUCGAAAUUACGAUUGGAAAACGUCGCAAGAAUCGCAAACUACAAACGACGAAAGUCUGAAACAAAUCCACGAAUCGAGAUUAAAAGAUUUGCAAGAACAAAUUCUGAACGAAUUAACUCGAAACGAAAUCAACGCCUUUAUUCUUCAUCAAAACGGAGACGAAAACCGAGAAAAUCAAAAUAACGCGUGGAACGACAACGGCGGCGAUAUUCCUUUUAGGGACGAGGAAUCCAACGUGAAACCUCUAACAUUUUUAACGCCGUCGUCCUCGGAAAAAAGUACAAAUCUGCCGGUUAAGCUUCAGUCUCGUAUCCAACCGGAUAACAGAACCGUGAAAGAAAUUGAAGUAUUCGGUUCUAUAUCCGUUCCCACUAGAGACGAUUCCGAGUUAAACAACGGCGACGUUAUAACGGGAGUGAAAUCGCGGCCAACUUUAUCACCCGAAUUAACGUCAUUCAGCACGGAACAGAUUUCCUCUGAUUUACAAAUGAAUAGACAAGCGAUCUCCAGAAAUCACGAAACCUCAGAACCAUUAACGUCCGAUGCAUACGUGCAAAGCGAAUCGCGCCCUACCAGCAGGCACGUCAUUCCAGUUUCUCCAGAAUUCGCUCGUUGGUUGAGGACGGCCAAUGGAAAUGGAAGAGGAGGAUCUUUAUUCAAGCGGACUCCCAGGGUUAAGUUAAGCCUCGUUUCUAAAACAGGAAGGAUAUUAAUGAGAAAAUAUUUUUAUCCUAUAUCUCCUAUGCCCGUUUUCCCUCCUCCUCCUCCUCUUACUACUACUAGAAAUAAGCGCGGGCGUAAAGUGCGUUUUAGAACAAAAAGAUCCACGGACGAAAUAGGAAUAAGUCGAAAUUUUAAGGUCGUAUCUCCGGAAGAUUUAGCGUUCGAUCCAUCUACGAUUAAACGGGAUAUUUACGAAGGUCGAAUUAUAACGAAGAGUUAUUCGUUCUGCUUUACUACCCCCGGAGUAAUCGGAGUUUUAUGCUUUCUCAUCUUAAUUACAAUCUGUUCCAUGACUGCUGCUGGAUGGCUUUAUUUCCAGUAUUAUUCCAGAAUAAAAUGCAAUAAAAAUAAUGGAGAGCCGAAGAAAACUUAUGAUACAAUCCCAGGAGUGAAAUCUCAAGAUUCUGAAGAGCAAAAGUAAUUUUAGAGAAUCAC